GUGAACUGUAACUGCGCUGUUCCCAGGGAACAUGUUUUAUCUGGUGAUGCCCAAAGAUCAGUCCAGCGCUCCGGCCGACGAGAGCAGCACCGAUGAGCUCACACACCCCGAGAACAGCCACCACACACACCGCAGUGUGUGCUCGUCGCCCUUCAUCAUCGAGGAGGAGGAGCCCGAGACGCCCUGCCUCUCUCCAGCUGACCCGUCGCUCACCGGGACUCUGAGUCGAGGGCAAGGGCUCGACCAAUCACAGGCCAGCACGCAGCGUCAUGUGAUCAAGAACUCGGACCAGAUCUUCAACACCAUGGAGGAGCUGAUGAGGAAACUGCAGCAUCUGAGGGACAUUGAAGCGGAUCACCACACACUGCUGAAGACGUUACGGCAGCCGGUCCCUGCGGACGAAGCGCCCGGCGGUGUCGUGUGCCGGUGUCCCGCCGCGGCCCGGAUGCCUUCGCUGGACCGGGGAGCCGGAGACGGUAAAGAGGGCGUCUCGACAGAAUCGGCUCAGCCGGAAAUCCAGUCCACUGGCUUCUGACGGUUCACACUGGACUUUCAUCUCGCACACACAGACUCACGCAAACACACACUAUGAUGUAGCCCCUUCCCAGCAUGCCUUGCGCCUGGAAGCACCAUCCAGGUUGAAUUAUGUGUUGUGUGUGUCAAUUCGUGACUUGAGAGACGGGACGGACGACCCUUCGGCCCGCGCCGAGAGAGGAAUGACGGAGAAAGGAAAGUGACGAUUCGAGAGAGGGAAAAUGAAAUGCGAUUGGUUGAUGGGAGAACGUAAGUGAUGCGUGACGAACAGGAAGUGAUGUCGCGCGGCUGAAGACAUGACUCUGUCCUUUGAAGGAAACCCCAGCACUUUACCUGCUUCACAUCUCGUUGUCGUCGUCACCCUGGGCCG